AUGUUAGACACUGCUCGCAGUAUUUUCUCCGGGUUCUCUGACUAUGCCACAACACAUAAGACUUACGAGAACGCCUACCAUCAGGAACGGAAGACACGUAUGGAGUGUGCUCGAGCGUACGGCGAUCUCCAUGACCAACACAAUAGGGCGAUUAGCGAUCUCCACGGUAUGCACAAAAAAUACCAGUCGCUCCACGAACAACUUGAAACCACCCAAGAAGUCGUGCAGACCCUUGAGUCAGCCAUCCAAAAGCAACAACCAGUAGUCAAUGCCAAUGACGCUAUUAUCAGCCAGUCAGACUGGGAUAGGGUAGAAUGGGCACUAGAAAGGGAACGACUCGAAGCCAAGAUCGAAGAGCUUGAGAACGAGAAAUCUGGGAUGGAACGGGAACAUCAUAAUGCAUUAGCCAAUGCAGCGGACCAUAUCCGUGCGGUCGUGCAGAGAGCUGAUGAGCUCGAGAAGCUGCGUGAGACGUCUUCUGAGCAGGUUCAGGCAUUGGCCGCUGAGUCAAACAACAACGAUAAUCACGAGACCGCAGCUGCCUCUAAACCAACGGGACAAAAUAGCCGAUCUCGAAAGCGGAAGGCGGUCUUGAAAUAG